GCCAAGCGAGAAAGACGCGAUCACAUCGAUCAGCGUGUUCUCAAAACUUUACGCGAAACUAAACUGCAGUUAUAAAUUGAACUGAGAGUGUUAGAUGAGUGCGUAGUGUUCAAGUGUAGAGUGAUGACUUUUGAAUGGAUCGAUCGGCAUCUUUGUCUCCUGGACGUGCUUUAAUGUCAGAGGGGAUGGAAUCUAAAGACCGGCUUGUCGAAGAAAUCUUGCUGCUUGCACUCUUUAUUGUGUCGACUGCGGCCAAUUCCUUGGCGUUGCUGGUCUUCUGUCGACGACCUGGUUUAAGGACUAUUUCCAAUCGGUUUGUAAUAAAUCUAUUGGCGACGAAUCUAUUGACGACGUGCCUGCUGGCGCCCGCGCUGUUUGGCGAGCACUCGGCGAGAGGGGGCCCGGGCGCAGCUACGUGGGCCGAGGCGGGUGAUAGCGCAGCGGCGGCCUGCGGCUUGGCUGCGCUGCUCGCAGUCACGCUCAUCGCGCUCGACCAGCACCACGCCGUCACCGACCCACUGCGUUGUCACACGCGUCUGCUGCAGCGUCGUCCCGCCGCUCUCUGUGCUGCCGCCUGGCUGGCAGCUGCGCUCGCCGCCGCAGCGCGCUCCGCCCUUGCCAUAGCGCACCAUCUGCGCCCGAACCAACCCGCUUUGCAAGUGUUCGAGCUCACAUACUACGUCGUCUACCUGCUGCUGGGCGUCAUCGUCCCCAUCACAGUUGUUUGCGUCAUGUACGCGAGGAUCUAUCGCGCGGCACGCUCCUCUGGACUGCGGGCGCGCGCUCACGGCGCCAGCGCUCUGCAGCUGCACGAGCCACCUGUCAUUUUGCCCGACCUCGUCGAGGAGGGCGAGGGCCUAACCCUAAAAAUAGACGAACGAGAUGGCCCCACCGUUGAGACCGACCGCAAAUUCGGACCUUUCCUGCUGCCCCCAGAACGUCCGGUCCGGUGUCCGUCCGUCGCCAGCUUGCGCGCCUCGAGGAGGGACGGCAAGUCGACAGAGGAUUUGAGGAAGGGCCUGCCCGCGGUGAGCUCGGCACCUUUACUCGCCGCGCCGCUGCUGGCCGUACAGCGCGCGCCACAGCCGGCCACGAGCGGAUCGCGGAUCACCUCAAUCCGUUGCAGAAUCUCUAACGCCUCCCUGUUCCGGUACCGCGAGGAGUCUCGCGCGGCACGCGUGGGGUUGCUGACCGGGGCGCUGGUGAUGCUGCACGUGCCGCACGCGGUGACCGCGCUGCUGUCGGCGGCGGCGCCGGGCUUGGGCGCGGCAGCGCGCACGCCCGCGCUCGCGCUGCUACUGCUCGCCUCGGCCGCCUCACCCUUCCUGUUCGCGCUGCGAUCACGGCGAGUGCAGCGCGAAGCGCGCCGACUGCUGCUGCCGCAGAAGAGCGGCUGGGAGCGCACGGGCGCAGCGAAUUCGGCUGUGGCUGACGGGCAGCGCGCGCGUGCCGCGCUCGACCUGCUGCGCACGCUAUCCCCGGGCGAGGGUGAGGGCGAGGCGGGGGAAUGCGCGGCGGGCGGCGGUCCGGAGGCCGCGUGCCGCGGCUCCUUCAGCUCUGGCGGCAGCACGCAGCUGUCGUCGGCCUCGGAGGAGUGACCGGGAGCGAGGGGCGCGCGUGUCCGCUUCGCCCCGCGCGCACGCCCCACCGCACUACUCAUCUGUGAUACUAGGAUAAGUCGAGCCGCACUCGGCGCCACCGUCAGACUGAUUUAGCCGUUAAGUUAAUUUAUUGUGUCCAUGUACCUUGCCG